AUGAAUAUCACUGAUGAAACUAACCAGUUGUUAAACACAGGAAAACUAGAUCUGAGUCUCAUUUGUUUUGUGAAUAAACAAAUAACUUGUCUAAUCAUCUCUUAGAUUCAACUCAUGGAUUUAUACAACUCCGACUCAUUGAAUUUGGAUAUUAAUCAGAUUAAAACAGAAUUGCACUCACUUUUGUAUUCGCUUCAUUCAUCCACAUCAUCGGAAACAAUAUUGUUGUCGGCCUCGUUGUCAUUGCCAAGGUCGUCAUCAAUAUUGCUUUUAUUUUCAGUUAUAUUUAAAUCAUUCUUCAAGUUAUUUUUGUCACUGCAAUCAUCAAUACAGUUGAACGCUAUUUUCAUGACAGAUUAUUUACUAUUUCUUUUUAAAUGUAUCAAAUCUCUACUACGACAAUGUUUAACUCGAUAUACGAUAAUUAUAGCCAAUAAUAAUGAUACUUAUUGUCGGUGUUCCUCAAACAGUCACAGAAUGCAGUUGUUAUCAAGACGAGAUAUUGGCUUUUAUAAACAUCUGCCAUGGUAUAGAGAGACAAAAUCUGUUUCUGAUCAACUGAAGUCUAGUGAAAAUAUAAAUCAUAGGACAACUACUACUGACACUGCUCAUAAUGCCUUUAUAAACGUCGAAUAUGAUUCCAGUAAACAUUCUCGGUGUUAUCCACAUCGAACAAUCAGUUCCGAUGGUAGUUUACAUCGAUUUCAACAUUCUGUACAGUAUUAUGUUAUAUUUAUGUAUAUAUUAUUCACUGUAUUAAAUGUCCAAUGUAUCUACGGUAAACCUACUUCAUCAUCUAAAAGUGAAACUUUCAUUGAAAUAUCGUCACCAAUCAACUCUUCCAAUUCGCCUUCAUCAACAAUACUUCCAAAUUCAUCUUUACCUCUAUCAUCACUGAUGAUAUUCUCUAAUCACACAACGGAACCGUCAAGUGUGGAUGAUUUAAUGUUACAGUAUUUAGAUUUAUCAACUUUUCCAAAAUUAAAUUUAACUCAAUCAAAUCGUAAAGUACCAAUAAUAAAUGUAUUUAUGCGUUCACAGAGAACUAGACGUAGUUUGUCAUUUUAUAUGUCUAAUUAUGAUACUUCACCGUUGUUUUUAACUCCAUCUGUACAAAAUUAUCCAGCAAAAGCAAGAUUUUUAAGUAUUGAUAAUAAUGGAUCUAUUAGACUAGUUAAAUCCUACAAAGAUUCAUCUGGUAAGUUAUUAAAAUGUUAUCAUACUAUUACUGAGUUAUUGAUAAUGAUGUUACUGUUAUUUCGAUGUAUUAAUCAGUCUCUUAUUAACUGUCAUCAACUAUCCAAUAAUAACUUUCGAACUUUUUUCAAUGACCCUCAUUGA